UUACCCGGGGUCAGAUGUUGAUGAGCGGGGAAUGACGUAGCAGGGAAACAAGCCCAGCAAAAUAAGGGGGGACAAAUUCGACAGAUUUCCUUCAGAUUUUUGGUUUAUUUCGUGCAGGUGACGCCGAAAUAGCGAUGGCGGAGACAUCUAGAGAGCUGUCGGAUGACAAAAGUUGUUUAAACGUUGGCAUUAUGGAGGGUAGCAGAAGGAUGUCAGGGGCCGAAAAUGAAGACUCGUGGGUGGAGCUCCACUAUGCGAACAAUGGCGACCAGCAGCAGCAGCAGCAGCAGGGGACCAAUGGGAACCUGACGUCUCCACACAACGGUAACAUGGAGAAGCUGCUGAUUGAGGCACAGCACGAGUCACCCAGAAACAGCUCCAGGGGCAGCAGCAGCCCCAGAAGUCCCAACAGCCCACCCCUACCUGUGAAUGGUAGUGACCAUGAAAUGGGGAGUCUGAAUGGCUCUAAUGGACACAGUGAGAAGUCCCAGGUACAUUCUGAGACAGGCAGCAGUAACAGUGCCAGUCUGCCUCCACUGCCUGAGCGCAACACUGCCGAAUGGAUCUGGGACUGGUCGUCACGGCCCGAGCAAAACCCACCCAAGGACUGGGAGAAGAAGCUGAAGCACCCCAAGCACCGGCUGAGCAUGAGGCACACCAAGGCUAUGAAGAGUGAUGCUGCUGACUUCCUGACUCUGUACUUCAAGGCACUUGUGAUCAGCCACAUAGCUGUGCUGGGCAUCGGGAUUGGCAUCGGGAUCUACCUCGGGCAUCGGCACAUUGGCUCCAGCACCUUUUGAAGACACCAUGCAAAACAACGAACAUGCAAGUCCACCAAAUAGCUUGCAAAGGACAUGUACAGCUUUAACUGCAAUGUGACAUUCAUGUUUUAGUUGACUUUGACAUUGACAAAGCCACAUCAAUGUGUAAGAUUUUAGGCCAUUACAACUUCUGUCAUAGGGUGCAGGUAUUGUUGUUUUAUCUGCGUAGCCUGCUAGAGAAGAAACUUAUGGGAGGUCCCUUUGCAAAUGGUUCUUUGCAAAUGGUUCUUAAUCAGUACUUCAGGAAAGGUACAAGAGGAAUAAUCUACUUUUAAUUUACAGUGUUAACAGGACUUGUAUAGUUGUUGUGUUAAUAUUUUAGUAUGCUCCAUCACUGAUUAUAAAAGUUGUUUGAAAGCUAUCGUUUUUAGACUUCAACAUUGUCAAGAAUGAGGCUUUAUUAUCCGUUUUCAUUUUCCCAAAAUUUCGGCUUUUCUUUGAAAUCACAUGAAGGAGAGCAGAAGUACAUAUUUUAUGUGUUGAGCCGUAUACAACAAAGAUGUAACAUGUCGGCUAAUCCUCAGUUAGUUAAAUAUUUUUGAUUUAGAUGAAAACGAAGCAGUUGUCUAAUAGAAUAUAAAGCUGCUGUGAAAAGGCUGCAAAAUUUGUCUCACUUUUCUCUUCAGAUCGUCUCGCAGUCCCUUUCUUCUUUGCCCCUGCAAGCUUGUAGACCACUGGUGGCCCUAAUGUAGCUUGCUAUGUGUGCUGUAGUGUUUGUGAUAGAACUGAUGUUUUGCAACCUAAUUCUCUACCUGUAAGCUUUCAAUGUAAAAUGUAACACACUAAUGCUUGGACAGGACAUUGCCUCCGGAAGAGUCAACUGUACACAUUUGGGCGGGGGGCAAUUUGUGGGGGCACAUAGUGGCAGUAGCUGUUGUUUCCACUAAUCUUGUUCACCAUUCCCAGAAAGUAAGCAAUGUGCCUAUUUAUAGAUAUGUAAAUUGGCAGUUUGAUAGGAGUAAUUUAAACCAUGGAUAGCCUUGUAGAUUUGUUGCAUUCUGGGAAUUUACUUUUGGUCAUUUCUUGUUCUAUGCUGUUGCUCAGAUUGAAGAUACUGAUUUGUGAUGUACUAACUUACUUAAUUGUACAUGUAGGUAACGAAAACGAUUGAAAUACCAUAGAAUAAACUGACAGUUGUUAGUGCCAAGUCGUACCUUACAGUUCCAAACAAAGCAUCAAAUUGUAACGCAAACCUGACGGAUAUGGCUUGACCUCCACAAAGAUAUAAUUUUUGAUAACCCCGGGGAGAAGAUGGUAAUUAUUCACCUGGUUACAUUUGAGAGGGACAAACGUUGAGGAUUUGUACUUGACUGUUGCGGGAAGGGAAGGUGGAAAGGGUGUAAAUAAAAGAUGAAGUCUAACAGUGGUUACUACUUUGAUACAUCAAGGAAAAUGUGAAGUUUGCAUGGCUAUGAUGAUGCAUGCUUUCAAUAGGUCGGAUUAUGUAAAGACAAUAUUGUUCUCAGUUUAAAAAUUGCAAUAUGGACAUUUAAUUUGUAGGGAUUUUGAAAGGCCAAAUACAUGAGUCUAAGCUUAAAGGGAGAGAAGACAAAUUCUCAUACAUUUUCUUCCACCAAACAGUAAAUUUGAUUAGCCUUUGUUUGUAACUGAAUACAGAUUACAUGCAGGCAUUCCAUACCAAGCAAAAGUCACAUUUUUGUACAAAGAAUGACUCCUAAGAAAUGGUAGUUGUUAGAUCUAGGGAAAGUAGAUUGGUACAUGGAAGACAGAAAGGAAGCAUAAGUGGUAUUUGUACAUAAUCCAGUUAAUGAAAUUUAAGUACUGAGAUGGUUACAUGUGGAGAAAAAGACGACACAAAGUGAGUGUAGUGCUGGGGAUACAAGACAUCUGUGGUCAAGCUCCUGCUUUACAAAUAACGUUAUAAAUGUUGACUUCAACAAUCUGUGAUGCAAAGCAGUAGUACUUUUCCUCUGACUUGUAAUUGUAAGCCAUGAACACUUGCAUUUCUACCCUGAUUGUGUCAUGAGUCAGUGUGCUACAGGUCUUCACAGUGUGGUCUACAUUGUAGCUGCACCCUUGUGUUUUUUUUUGUUCUUGUCAUUAUUGACAAGCAGUGUGGUGAAAAUAAACGUGAUAUGACGUCUGGAAA